AUGCAACUCAUCUGCAGCGUCUUCCAUAAACCAUUCCCAAAUGGUGCGGGGCCAUCAGGUGGCAACGCCAAAGAAGCAAGACGAGAAACAGAUGGUGCUGUCAACCGCGGCCCUGUUCCACAGAGGAACAGAGGUCAGGCCCCACAGACUCCAGAAGGACCAGUACAGCCACCUCAGCCUACGAACGCUGAACCUGGACCAAGUGGCAUUGCUAAUCGCGGCCGUGGUCCACAGGGCCCUGGAGGACAGGCCCCACAGAAUGUAGGAGCAGGAGCACGUGGCGCUCAGCCUACAAAUAAUGCUGCUGGACCAAGUGGCAUUGCUAAUCGCGGCCGUGGUCCACAGGGCCCUGGAGGACAGGCCCCACAGAAUGUAGGAGCAGGAGCACGUGGCGCUCAGCCUACAAAUAAUGCUGCUGGACCAAGUGGCAUUGCUAAUCGCGGCCGUGGUCCACAGGGCCCUGGAGGACAGGCCCCACAGAAUGUAGGAGCAGGAGCACGUGGCGCUCAGCCUACAAAUAAUGCUGCUGGUGCAACAGGUGCUGCCAACGGUUCUCGACCUCUCUGCCCCAAUUGUCGUUUGCCUCUUCCAGAACAUGGAAAGCCAGGAAACCAGAAGAAGGAGAAUUAA